CGCACGCACACCCCGCCUGCUCUCUCUUCUGGGUAUGAGCCCUGACUGCGGCGCAUUUGCUUGUGAGUCUGCCCGCUCCGGCUAGGCUGGCUCGCCGCUGACGCUAGCCUCUGGGCUUGCCUGCUCCCCGGGCAGUCCAGCCGCAGCGUUAGGCGAUCCCCUAGGGCUGCCCCAGGGCCGGGGGCUCUAGGCUCCGGGGCCGCGGCCACUGCGGGCUUUGCGGAGGAGGGCGGCCCGGCUUGCACUGGGCAGGGCAGGGCAGCGCUGGGCAGCGCGGGCAGGGCGUGAAGCCCCCGAGGGAGGAGCGGCAGGGCUAGGGCUGGGGCCGGGGCUGAGGCUCGCGCUGCGCUGCCUGCGGAAACCAGGCACGCGGGAGGGGACCCGGGCAGUGGCAGGGCCGGGGCUGGGGGCUCUCCGCGGGCAGGGACUGAGCAAGGUGUUGUGCGGGGGUGGGGGUCUCUAAGUAUCCCCAGCGAGCAGCCUCGGACUCGGACUCGGACUAGCAGAGCGUUCCUGGAGCUCGAUCUUGGGGGACAUGGCUGUGGAUGUGACUGAAUACCAUCUUAGCGUUAUCAAGAGUCCUCCCGGCUGGGAGAUUGGGAUCUACGUCACCGGGGCUCUUGCCUUGCUGGGGGUUGCUGCUGUGAAUCUGUGGAGGCUCUGCAAAUCGGGCAGCUUCCCCAUCCCAUCUCCCUUCCCGAACUACGACUACCGGUACCUGCAGAAGAAGUACGGAGUCACCUAUUCUGAAGCCAGGCAGAAGAGAACCAUGGCUUGGAGCAGCCGGAAGUCUGGGGAGCGUGGCUCUCCCAGCCGCAAGAGCAGCCUAAGGAUGGACGACGCCUUCGAGAGCAUCAGUGAGCUGGGGCCCCUGGAGCUGAUGAACCGCGAUCUGGACCUGGCGCCCUAUGGGCCCCUCAAGAAGUCCCAGUCUGCCGACUCGCUCAACUCCAUCUCCUCCGUGAACAACAACCUGGGCCAAGACUUCCUGCUGGGCCAGGUGGAGGUGAACAUCACCUACGAGCCCAGGAGCCACCUCCUGCGUGUGGAUGUGGUCCAGGGCAAGGACCUGAUGGAGAAGGAGGACCCGGCCUUCGACUCCUGCUUCCUGCGCGUCAGCCUGCUGCCCGACGAGCAGAUCGUGGGCAUCUCCCGGAUCCAGAGGAACGCCUACUCCAUUUUCUUUGACGAGAAGUUCUCCAUCUACGUGGACCCCAUCGCCAUGGAGGACAGCAGCCUGCGGUUUUCCGUCUUCGGCAUCGACGACGACGACAGGAACAUCAGCACCGGCGCGGUGGACCUCAAGCUGUCUGUCUUGGAGCUGGCCCAGCAGCCCUUCAGCGGCUGGCUCUACCUGCAGGACCUGAACAAGGCCUCCGACGCGGUGGGCGAGAUCUUGCUGUCUCUCAGCUACCUGCCCACGGCCGAGCGACUCACCGUGGUGGUGGUGAAGGCCAAGAACCUUGUCUGGACCAACGACAAGGCGACCGCGGAUCCCUUUGUCAAGGUGUACCUGCUUCAGGACGGGAGGAAGAUAAGCAAGAAGAAGACAGCCGUGAAGAAAGACGACCCCCAUCCGGUGUUCAACGAGGCCAUGAUCUUCUCGGUCCCAGCCAUUGUGCUACAGGACCUAUCUCUGAGAGUGACAGUGGCUGAGUGCGGCAGCGACGGGCGGGCCGACAACAUCGGCCACGUCAUCAUCGGCCCCUCGGCCAGCGGCAUGGGCGUCACCCACUGGAACCAGAUGCUGGCCACCCUGCGCAAGCCUGUGUCCAUGUGGCACGCUGUGCGUCGAAACUAGAAGUCCCCUCCGAUGCUGCGGCCCCUUCUGGGCCCCACCACCACCCUGGGGUCCAGCACAGACUCUGCCCUCUCCAUUCUCCUGUCCCUGCAUUCCCAGCUGCGUGAAAGGGAAACACAGCCCCACAAGACUCUGCCCUUCUCUGCCCACCUUGCCUCCCUUCCCCGGGCUCCCUAGCCACCUUGCAGACAGGACUCAUCUGGUUCCCACCAUUCUCUACAUAAAGAAGAAAA